UUAAAUAGCCGUGUGCUCGUCGUGAAGCCCAAAGCGACGCAGGCACCAUGGCACCCCCAUGGCCCCAGGAGCAACUAUGGCCAACCCAUCAUCGAGAACACGCCGCCGAACUUAGCAGACACCUCCAGACAGCAGUCGAGUCUAUCGAUACCGCAAACGCACACCGCAAAUGGACACCCCCUCAACCCGCAGACUGUGAGGACCACGCCCAUUGCGACCCUCUCCCCAAUCGUCAAGAUGCAGAGCCAGCCCGAACUCGGACACCUUCACCAGGCCAUCGAAAGUCUACGUGCGGAAACCAAAACAGCCAAUCAGAAUACCACCCGCGAAACGAGAACUAUCAGGAUUGUCAUGUAGCAGAACACGGCCGAACUCAAGGAAAAUUACAAUACAACGCGUGCGGCCAACGCAGCCACCAAAGAAGAUUAGAAAGCCAGUGAGCUACAGUUUUGUGCACAUGUCGCUUCCUCUGUCACGAGCAUUCUCAAUGUUUGAAAAGCCGAAAACUGCUGUGAUGGGUCUCCACAGACCUCUGGUAAUGGCUAUAGCGACUGGUUUACAAACAAAAAUGUAGGUCAGGAUAGCAAACGACAGUGCGAGGGGCAGCGCGUAAUCAAGAGCUACUCCAAAGUAUCCAUAUCCGGCUUCAACAGCAGUCAUUCUC